AUGACAUCGCUUAACAACUCGUCUGUUGUCAGUGGAACGUCUGAAAACUACGGAGUGAUCCAAUACCAGGAAACUCUACCCCUGCGUAUUUUUCGUCAUACCUUGUUCACACUGAUCAUCUUGGCCAGCUUGAUCGGUAACUCGGUCGUUUGUAAAGCAAUUUGGAAAGCGCCUCACCGCAAGCCGUUUUCAUACCAUCUCGUUGCCAACAUGGCCUUUGCAGAAAUCGUCAACUCUCUCUGCUUACCGAUCAUGUACGUCUGGCAGUAUGAAAAAGGACACAAGAAUGUUGUCAUCCGCGAUAUCUGGUGCGUUGACAAUCCCAUCCAAGUUAUUUCAUUGAUGGUAGUAACUCAUUCGCUGGCAGGGCUCGCGUUCUACCGCUACCGAGUGCUCAUCAACCCUAUCCAAAGACCUGUAUCUGGGAAAGUGAAGACUGUGAUCUUUUCCUGUUUGUGGCUUGUUCCUACUGCUGUCUGUGUGCCCAUAUUCGUUAUUCAAAACAGGUUCGUAGGUGGCCAUUGUGAAUUGCAUCCUGUUGGGAAUGGCUCUGCCUAUUUGCUCGUGUUAUUCACCCUGAAUUAUGCCCUACCCUACUUGGUCAUGCUAGCAUCUUACGGAGCGGUAGCGUGGAACCUAAGACAGCGAAUUGGCCAAAACACCUCCCAUGCUCGCAGUAACUCGGUC